CUCAUAUCGAGUUUCAACUAACUAGAUCACACAAAGAAAAUGCUGGGUUUUCUCUGACGUCAUCACGAUUAUCUGGUCACACGAUUUGUGUAAACGACAAUGAUAACAGCCACGUGCAGCACAUGAGUCUUCAGACUGGUGACUCAAUCGUUGGGGUCAAAAACGUGGACGUUCGUCUAUACGACCAUCACAUAUUGGUCUCCGUUUUACAACAUAUCUAUGGAGAAGACAGCGGAUUCUUCAAAAUGGUGAUUGGUCGAAAUUUUGAGACGGACGACAGAGGACAGAAUGAAGUCCGUUAUAUUGAAAUUAACGUACAGUUUGAAUUUCCUACACGUGGAGAUACUGUUCUACGAAUGACCGUCGAUGUCGUCACUUGCCCAUAUUUGACGUUCACCAAAAUUAUUUGUGUGGAGUUUAAAGGCUGCAAGGUGUGUUGGAUCAAGAACAAUGACCAACACUUGAGUGUCCAGGAUAAUCAGCUGACCACGGGUAACCCCUUCACCGGUAAAAGUGACGUCAAAUUUCAGUUUCAAUGGUGGACGUUUCAUGGACUGGAGGCUCGGACGGUCAGUAACUCAAUGUGUCCACCAGUCUUCUUCUGCGCCUUCAGAUCUUUAGACAGCAACACAUUUGUCACAGUACAGAGUGGCAAUCGAGUCGGGAUAGGAGAGAGUUCCUCUCUUUCACGUGACAUCUCGACGGUACGGAAACCGGACUGUCGGUUCUUUAAGGUCCGUCUGAUGAAAAACCACAAAUACCUUUUGGAGUCACUGGUAUACGAAGGUGUGUACUUAAGAUGUGGAAAAAAGGGAUUAUCGAUGAAAAAAGCAACAUCAGAUUUCUUCCAAUUCCAACCAGAACUGCAGUUUGAUAUAUUCACGUCAAAUGGCAAUGCAUUGAUGUAA